AUGGGCCAAGAAGUCGAAGGUGACUCUGUCGGUGACGAGUUCAAGGGUUACAUCUUCAGAAUCACUGGUGGUAACGACAAGCAAGGUUUCCCAAUGAAACAAGGUGUUAUGCACCCAACCAGAGUUAAGUUGUUGUUGGCCAAGGGACACUCUUGUUACAGACCAAGAAGAACCGGUGAGCGCAAGAGAAAGUCCGUUAGAGGAUGCAUUGUUGGUCAAGACUUGGCUGUUUUGUCUUUGUCCAUUGUUAAGCAAGGUGAAGCUGACAUUGAGGGAUUGACUGACACCACCACUGCCAAGAGAUUGGGACCAAAGAGAGCCAACCACAUUAGAAAGUUCUUUGGUUUGUCCAAGGAGGAUGACGUUAGACAAUUUGUUGUCAGACGUGAGGUUGUCAAGGGUGACAAGAAAUACACCAAGGCUCCAAAGAUUCAACGUUUGGUUACUCCUCAAACCUUGCAAAGAAAGAGAGCUUUGAAAGCUAAGAAGAUCAAGAACGCUCAACAACAAAGAGACGCUGCUGCUGAAUACGCCCAAUUGUUGGCUCAACGUUUGCACGAACGUAAGGCCGAGAGAGCUGAGAUUAGAAAGAGAAGAGCCUCUUCCUUGAAGGCUUAA